UGCAUUUUUUGUUUUCCUUCGUUCUUUUAUUAUUUUUGUGCGUUUGUUACACAAGAACAGACAAAUCGGUACUUGAUACAACAGAAAGUACCGUAUAUUACAAACCCACGACAAUACACGUUUACAUGCAACUUAUGAUCUAACUAUCAGAAAGUAUCCAAGAUGUCCAGGUCAAAGUAUAAGAAUUGGACAGUCGCUAUUUCGUAUGGUUAUCCAGGUGUGGUUGGGAAUUUUAUUAAUCAAUAUUUAAUAAGAAAACGCGUUCGUCUCCGUAGAAUCGUAGAGAAACAAAAAGCACUGGGUAGAAUAAAAGACGAGGACCUGGUUCUAGUGGAAUAUCCUGAUAUCAAGAGUUUGGAUCCAAAACACUGGAAAGAUCAAGAUCAUUACGCUGUGUUGGGACUUCCUAAGUUAAGGCAUCGAUCAACACCGGAGCAAAUCAAAUUUGCCUAUCGAAAAAUGGUUUUAAAACACCAUCCAGACAAAAGAAGAAGAGCUGGUGAAAAGUUGGGAAGAGAUGCUGAUGAUUAUUUCACGUGCAUAACUCGUGCAUAUGAGAUACUUGGCUCAUUAGAAUCACGACGAUCAUAUGACAGCAUAGACCCAAACUUUGAAGAUUACAUUCCACCAAAUAAUAAAUCAUCACGAGAAAACUUUUUCAAAGUAUACGGUGAUGUAUUUGAACAAAACAUGCGAUGGUCAUUAGACCCUGAUGUUCCUUUUCUGGGUGAUCAGUGGUCCACUAUAGAGGAAGUUGAUAAUUUUUAUAACUUUUGGUAUAACUUUAACUCUUGGAGGGAAUAUUCCUAUUUAGAUGAAGAAAACAAGGAAAAGGCAGAAGAUGCAUACGAGCGACGAUGGAUGGAGAAGCAAAAUCGAGCAGCAAGAGCCACCCGGAAGAAAGAAGAAAACCAGCGAAUCCGACAACUUGUAGAUAAUGCAUAUGCAUGUGACCCACGUGUGAAACAAUAUAAAGAGGAUGAAAAGAAAAAAAAGGAAAUGGAAAAAAACGCUCGAGCCAAUGCAAUAAAGAAAGCAAAUGAAGAAAAACUCGCUGCAGAAGCCGAGAAACAAAAGAAAAUAAAAGAAGAAGAAAGAAAGUUGGAAGAGGAGAGAGUUCGUAAGCAAACUGAAGCAAAGAAAGAAAAAGAAAGAGAAAAGAAAAUGCUUAAAAAAGAAAGACAAAAAUUAAAAGGCUAUUGUAAGAAUCAUAAUUUCUUUCGUGAUUCUGAAGAAGAAAGGUUAAAUAUGAUGGAACAAAUUGAUCACUUGUGUGUUGAAGUCAAUCUUAUUUCAUUGCAAGAAUUAAACAAAUCGAUAAGUGAUGCAGAAUCUACUGAAAGUGGCAAGAAUAUAAUUGAACAAAAGCUUCACAAACUUCGGCAACAAGUUGAACAAGAGAAGCAGAAACAUUUGGAAGCAGCUUCCAAGUCAAAGAGUAACGCUGUGAAUGGAAGUUCAAGUGGGAAGGAGAAAACAUGGAGUUACAGUGAUAUUAAAAUCUUGAUUAAAGCAGUCAAUCUCUUUCCUGCUGGAACUAAUGAUAGGUGGGAGGUGGUGGCGAAUUACAUCAACACACAUUCAUCCAUGAAAGGGAGGUCGGGUAAGGAAUGUCUCGCUCGAGCCAAGAAUCUCAAAGAAUCCGAGUUAAAAGCUGAAGUGAAUCAAAAAGCGUUUGAAAAGUUUCAAGAAAAACAUCUGAAUGAAGCUGGCAAGAAAAAUGGAACAACUGACUCCGAUAUUACAAAAAGAUUAGAUGGCCCUAAACCAUGGACGGGUGAAGAACAGAAGAGAUUGGAACAAGCUUUGAAAACUUAUCCAUCAUCAACUCCACAAAGAUGGGAUCGAAUAUCUGAAGCUGUUAUGGAGAGAACAAAGAAGGAAUGCAUGAUAAGAUAUAAGGAAUUGGUUGAAAUGGUGAAAGCAAAGAAGGCAAUUAACAAACCAAGUAAAACGUGACGACUCAUGUAUUAACCAGCUAGGAAAUAUAUCUGUUGUGUGUUUUAUGGCAGCUCAUAUAUGUUCUACCACUUUCACUCUUAACAAUAAAUAAUUUCUGAUUCUUAA